UUUAUUAAAGAUUUGUUUUUAGUUAAGUACUGGAACAACCCUGGUCGCUGUUGAAUUCGACGGAGGUGUUGUUAUCGGAGCUGACAGUCGAACCUCUAUGGGAACCUGGGUCGCUAACCGUGUGACAGACAAGUUGACCCCUGUCACAGACUCCAUCUUCUGCUGUCGGUCAGGUUCAGCUGCUGAUACUCAGGCAGUGACAGAUGUUGUAAAAUAUAAGCUUGGGUUUGCUGAGAUUGAGCAGGGUAGACCUGCAACCGUCAAGGACGCUGCCAUGGCCUUCAAGGAGAUCUGCUACGAAUACAGGGACUCUCUGAUGGCUGGACUAAUUGUUGCCGGAUAUGACGCAGUCAAUGGAGGACAGGUAUGGUGUGUACCUGUAGGUGGUAUGGUUGUCCAUCAACCUGUAUCUAUCGGUGGAUCUGGGUCAACUUACCUCUAUGGACUUAUGGAUCACAAGUAUAGACCUGGAAUGCCGCGUCAGGAAUGCGAAGAUCUUGUUCUUCAGGCAGUUACCCAGGCGAUUAGGCGUGAUGGUUCCAGCGGCGGUUGUUGCAGAAUGGCAAUCAUUACUAAGGAUGGUGUGGAGAGGAAGCUAUGGUUGAACCCUGAGCUACCAACUACAUACUAACUUCAACCACCAGAAUCAAUUGUCCAAGAAUAAACGAUCCGUUGUUUUAUAUCUGAACAUCGUAAAACUCCCAUUUACUCCCCUAAUUUAUGUGAUUAUGGUUCUUAAACAAAAUUAAACAAAAUUAACUAAUUUUUUUAAAUCCGAAAAAUAAUUCAGAAAA